AUGGUCGGCAAGAAGGGGGCCGUGGCGGUCAGGUUUGAAGUCGCGGGCCGCCCCAUGUGCUUCGUGAACAUGCACCUGCCUUCUGGACAGCAGCGGGAUCUGGAGCGGCGGUCUUCCCUGGAGCAGGUCCUGUGGGAGGUCUUCCGGCGCACCAACGUGCUGGGCGGACGCCGGCCCCCCAAGCUGGGCUUCCGACGGGACGCCCCGCGCGGGCUGGCGGAGCGGCCGACGGAGGCCGGACCGGAGGGCGGGGUCGCCGGCGCGGCGUUCCUCUGCGGAGACUUCAACUUCAGGCUGAGCCUGGCGCAGAAGGACCUGCCAGUGGGGGCACCCCGGCUGGACCCGGAGGCCGUGCUGGCGCUCCGGGCCUUUGACCCCUCGCAGCAGGGGGCCACAGCGGAGCCUGUGCUGUCAACGUUCAAGGAGGGCGCCAUCGACUUCGCGCCCACCUACAAGUACAAGGUCGGCACAGACGAGUUCGACGAGAUCCGCGUGCCCGCCUGGACCGACCGCAUCUUCUUUCGCGGCGACUGCGUGGAGCAGCUGCACUACGGCUCGCACCCCGCGCUGCGCCACACCGCCGACCACCGGCCGGUGACGCCCUGUUCGUGGUGGCCAUGCCGCCGCGGCCCGACGGGGCUGCCGCGUGAGCCGCCGGCGAGCGCGCGCUCGAGGGCGCUCGCGGCCGCGGGCGCGGAAGCG